AUGUCGUCGUUGAAAGAUCAUUACUAUCGAUUAGCCUCUGAGGUUAACGAUGAGAGAAUAGAAGCUGCUUCAGCGUUGUUAUCUCUGCUCAUCGAGGUUAAUCAAUCGACCGAGUGGGACUAUGCUUUGAAUAGAUUGAUCAAAGGAUUGACCACAACGAGGCAGAGUGCACGGUAUGGGUUUUCAAUGGCACUUACAGAGCUAGUUAGAGAACUUUUAUACAGAAAAGACUAUGAACUCUCGAUGCUUCAGUAUCUAGAGCUUGUAUUAGCAGCAAGUGAAGUUAAGUCUAAUAUGAAAGGAAAAGAAGAAAGGGCCGUCUUAUUUGGCAGACUCUUUGGUUUGCAAGCAUUGCUUAAUUCUAAAGUUCUAUUUGAUGAGUCUUUAGUCUCAAAAGGCGAUUUAUCGAAGUUUGUUGAUGCCUUGAUAUCGCUUUCCGUUGCCAAAACGUGGUUGAGAGAACCUGCAAUGUUUACUUUAUGUCAAUUCAUAUCUCUUUUAUUGAAUACAAGCCUGGAAUCCGUUGAUCACAUAUGCUUUGAAAUCUUAGAGAAAACUAAUAACGAAGGAUUGAGCUUAACGACAGAGGGUGUUGCAGUAUUUUUGUCUAUUCCAAAAGAUAUAAGAGACAUUGCAUCAAAGAAGAUCAGCUAUUCCAAUGAGACAUGGAAAAAUUGGGAUCCUUUAUCUAGAGGCAACUUAAACUUAUUGGCCAAAGUCUUGAAAGAAACUACCGUGGAAGAAGGAAUGGAUAGUGAAAGGCAAGUAAAUCUUUCGAAGCAAAAAGGGAAUUGGUCUCCGAGAGUAUCAUUCGUAUGGGAUAUUAUACUUGAAAGAUUCAUGAACCCUGAUGGAGAUAAAGAAGAGUUAAGUAUAGAGAAGAAGAACAAGAAACGUAAAUCUUCGUCUUCAGUGGGGUCUAAAAAACACAAACCAACUGUAACCCACAUUUCUUUAAAGGAAUUCUGGAAGGUUGUGAUUGAUGAAACAUUCUUUUCAGAGAAAUCUUCUCACGAACGCAAGUAUUGGGGAUUUGUUAUAUUCAAUAGGUUCUUGAAUGCUGUUCCUUCAGAAGACAUAUCAUAUUUAUUCUCUCCUAACCUAAUGAGAUGUUUAAUCAAUCAAGUGUCCCAAUCAUCAAGAUUUUUGUAUAAAACCGCUAAUGGCGUCUUGAACAAUAUGACUGGAAGGGCUAGAAAGGAAUUUCUAAAAGCACCUUCCAUUUUAUCAUGUUUGUUAGACGAAUCAAAAGGUGGUUGCUGGAAUUUUGAUUUCGUUACCAAGACAAAAACAGUGGACAGUUUGAUAACUAUUCUCGGCCAACAGGAUUUAGAUAAGGUAAAUGGGACUGAGUAUUCAUUUGCUUUAUUGCAGAUCAAAGAUAUAUUGUUUAAAGAAAUAUAUAACGCUUUGUCCGACCUGUCAGAUGAUUCUUCAGUUGACGAGGAGCCACUUGCAAAGAAAGCAAAUGACCAUAGACUUAAAUGGUUCUUAGACAAAGUCUUACUACUUACGAGAAGUAUAAAGUCUUCAAUUUCUAAAAGUGAUUUCGAUUGCACCGGUUAUUUUGAAGACGUCUUAAAAUUAUUGAUUAAAUUAUCCUUUUUCAAGAAGAGAUCCAACAGCAGGGUUUCUUUGAAUUUUCAGAGCUUUGCACAGGAAAAGAUAAACUCAUGCUUAGCCGAAAUUAUCAACACCCAGCACAAAAAAACAUCCUGGCCUUAUUACUGCAUUUCUUGUAUCAGUAAGUUGGAAGGUUCUGAGAAAUAUGAGAGUGUCUUGACUUUUGAUGAUGAAUUACAAAUGGUCAAAGAUGAAACACUCAAAUUAUUGGACUCUAUUCUAGACUUACGAAAGUCCACCAAAAAUUCAACCAGAAUAAACCAGCUUUAUUGCUUCGAAAUUUUAUUUUCGAUGGUUUUAUUACUUUUUUACAUGGGCGAUGAAGAAGCUAUUCUGGUUUUAGAGGAAGUGAAGCUUUGUUUUGAGAGCCUUUUCACUGUUGGUGAAGAUGAGGAAAAUAUCGACUCAUCUAUUGUGCUUGUUGAAAUUAUAUUGUCAUUUGUAUCUAAGAAAUCCAAUCUUUUGAAGAAGCUUUCGUUUACUAUUUGGGAAACUUUCCUUUGUACUCCAGAUGAAAAUGGGAAAUUGCAGAUAUCAGAGAAAGGUCUUCAAUUGUUAUACGAUGUUUUGACAGCAAGAGAAAAUUUGGACGGGCUUAAGGCUUUGUUUGAUACAGAGGAUAAUUUCACCGAAGAAGGAAACGAAAACGACAAGCUCGAAGAGGAUGAUGAUGUUGAUGAUGACUCUCAAAGUGCUUCUCAAAGAGAUUCGGGUGACGAUGACUCUGAAUCGAAUGAUGAUCUCUCUGAUGACAGCGAUGAAGAUACCGCCGAUGCUGAAGAUGCCAGCGAAGUAAAUGUGAUUGAAAAGGAGACCAAUUUGAAAUUAGCAAAGGCUCUAGGAAUUCCUGAACACUCUGGAGAAGUCAAGUUUGAUGAAUUAAGCUCUCUGGAUGAAGAAUCAGGAGAAGAGUCCGACAUGGAUGAUGAUGAUAUGAUGGCAAUGGACGAGCAGCUAUCCAAGAUAUUUAAGGAGAGGCAAGAUGCUCUCUCUCAGAUAACAUCAGGAAACCAAAAAAAAGCAGAGGCAGUAGAAGCAAAAGAACAAGUCAUUUUAUUUAAAAAUAGAGUAUUGGAUUUGCUAGAAAUAUUCGUGAAACUGGCACCCAACUCUCAUCUCAAUUUGACAAUGAUAAAACCAUUACUUGUCUGUAUCCGCCUAACUUUAGACAAGAAUAUUGGCGCAAAAGCACACAAGCUUUUGAAAACCAGGAUAAGUAAAACCAAAAUCACAGAUGCUCAUUUUAAUAGCGCAGCUGAACAAAACUCUUUUCAAACAAGCUUGCUUGAAUUGGUUGAAUGGAUUCAGUCAGAAUUAGUCUCAUCUAAAGCAUCAAAUCAGUCCCUUAAUGCAGCAAGUAGUCAAGCUUGUAUCAUAGUAUCAAAGAAUUUGGUAAGUCUUGAUCCGUUAUACCUCGACCAAAUCGUUGAUAUCUAUUGCAUAUUUAUGAAAAAGUGGGCUCUAAACAGCAAAGCCAAGAUUCAACCGACUUUCCUUUAUGAUUUUAUCAAUUGGUUGAGCUCUAAAAGAUCAUAA